GUGGAGGCGGAGAAGAAACUCUCUUGCAACUCUCACAAUGCCUCCAGCCAAGAAGGGAAAGGCCAAAGGCAAACCCACCAACGCUGCCGCCGAGUCGACUCAGUCCUCCGCCAACAACAACUUCCCGGCCUGUAUACGAUCCGUGCCUCCCUCCUCAGUCGCCAUCACCAUCCACGCCAAACCCGGCUCCAAACUCGCCUCCAUCACCGAUUUCAGUGACGAGGCUCUGGGCGUGCAGAUCGAUGCGCCCGCCAAAGACGGCGAAGCCAACGCCGCCCUUCUCGACUACAUUAGCUCCGUUUUAGGUGUAAAAAGAAGGCAGGUUUCUAUUGGAUGUGGCUCUAAAUCAAGAGACAAGGUUGUUAUUGUAGAGGAAAUGACUCUACAAAGUGUUUUUGACAUUCUGGAUAAAGCUUCAAAGUGCAGCACAUAGAGUGAGAGACCGCAUAGUGGGAGGGAUGUAAAUUUAAUCCUUGAAUCGGGCAAGAACUUCUAUCUGAUGUUAGCACCUACAAAGUCCUACGUUUUGUCCAAUUUUAUCUGUAUAUAUAGAAAAGUUUCUGCUGAUGGUUUAGAUGCUUCAUGAAUUGUAUGUUUGGUCGUUUACAAUAGAUGGUUACUUUAUAAAUGCAAAUUCUGCUUAAACUUAAUCAGUUAAGCCAUCAUUGCAUGUUAAUUUCCUCAAAUGUUAUUCCCUUCAUUGUUCAUUCUUGAUGUUAAAUUAUCCCAUUU